AUGGCCUACGUCACGCUCACCAACAUCACGGUACUCGAUAACCCGACGGCCUUCACGAACCCCUUCCAAUUCGAAGUCACCUUCGAGUGCGCCCAACAGCUCGAAGCCGAUCUCGAGUGGAAGAUCACGUACGUCGGAAGCGCUGAAGACGAGAGUCGUGAUCAAGUGCUUGAAGAAGUGCUCGUAGGGCCCGUGCCCGUUGGCACGAACAAGUUUGUGUUCCAGUCGGACCCGCCGAACCCAGAUCUGAUUCCAGAUGAGGACAAAGUGGGCGUUACCGUGGCGCUGGUCACGUGCUCGUACCGUGGGCGAGAGUUUGUUCGGGUGGGGUACUAUGUGAACAACGACUAUGCCGACCCGUUCUUGCUGGAGAACCCACCGGCUCACGUGGACAUUUCCAAGCUGCAGCGCAAUAUUCUGGCUGAUAAACCACGGGUUACGCGCUUCCCUAUUGACUGGUCCCCUGCGGGUGCUCCGGAUCCGAAUGCGAUGGAAGACGCCAACGAUGUUGCGGCUACGGCUACAGGCUUUGGUGCGAUGCAGACGGGCGGUGGUGGUAAUAACGACCUGGAAAUGGACUUCGUCGACGACGAGGAGCUCAUGAAAGCGGCGGCUCAGCUUGACCAUAAUUACACGGACAUUGUGAUUGGUGGGACUAUAGCCGAUGGUAUGGAGGAGGACAUCGACUUGGAGGAAGACGAUGAUGACGACGACGAGGAUGACGAAGCGAGCGCGGUGGAAGAAGCUGAGGAGGAAGACGCCGAUGGGGACAUGGAGAUGGAGGAUAUUGAGCAGCAAUGA